CAUCUGAGACACACAUGCAUGAAUUUAAGCGUCCUUCUUCACCGUUACCUGCCACGCGCGGUUCAAAGACAUUAAACAAAAGUAGUAGAAAAGAACUUGAACUGAAGAAGAAAACUUUAACCUUACCCCGCCAAAACUAUUUGCGAGAUCGGCGUUCCCCUCAAUACCAAGACAUCGUUUCGUUGAUCAUAAUGCAAAGUCCCGUCGCCUGCUGGCGUCCAUCCAUCCUUGACCUAGCAAGGCAGAGAAGAAAAAUUCCUUCCUUCGUACCUGAACAAAGAAAAUAUAUCCCUCAAGAGAAAACGUUUGCAUGUGCCAAUGAGACUUUAAAUUCACAAAAAGCAAAAGAUAACAAGAAACUCGCGCUAUCGCUAGAGACAGUUCUCGCGAUAAACUUUUUUUGUGAGAUUUUUUUGGGUUCCGAACCACCCUAAACUGCGACACCAUAUUCUUUGCCGAGGCUCGAGUUUGUGAUUCAGACACAGAGAGAGCAGGAUGUCUGAUCUCUUCAGAAGUGGACGCGGUGGUGCUGGGAAUUUCCAUACCAAGAAUGAUAUCGAGGAGUUGAAGAAAGCUGAAGACCUUGAAUCACAAUCUCAGAUCGACCCAUCCUCAACUAGCAUCAACGACCUCACCCGCAGCAUCUCAGCCACCAAGCCUCCGCCCGAAUACCUUCACACCGGCCGCGGCGGCGCAGGAAACUGGGUCCAACCAAAAGAACUCCAUUCCCAAGGCCUAACACAAGAAUCGACACUAAGCGGCCAAGAUGCCUCUUCGCGCGCCCUAGGCAGCUCGAAACCCACGUAUAGGGGCGGCAGAGGCGGUGCGGGGAACUAUGGCAGUUUCGAGGAGGAAGAGAGGCUGAAGAGGGAGGCGGAGGAGAAGAAGAGGGCGGAGGUGGAGAGGGCGGUUGAGAGGGAUGUGGAGAGUGGGUUGGCGCGGCCGGAGAGGGCUUAUGGGGGAAAGGGGGGGAGUUGGGAGAUGGGGAGUAUGGGUGCGGAGCAUCGAUAGAUGAUGGGUGUGUUUCUCUAGGGGAGUUUGGGGCAUUAUGGAUGGCGUUUGAGAUGGGUGGUUGGAUUGUGUUCUGUAGAUAUGUAUUUUAGAGCAUUUUGAAAACUCUUGGA